AUGAUUGAAGAAUUAAAGACGGUAUUACGGCUACAGGCGACAGUGGUUGAGGGUCUCGGUCGUGGAGGAAAGCAACUUGGUUGUCCCACAGCGAAUCUCUCACGCAAAGAUCUAGGCGAUCAACUCGAUCAGUUGCCCACUGGUAUUUACUGCGGAUGGGCCACAGUGGACGGCAAGGGCCCGUUCAAGGCCGUCGUGAGUAUUGGCUGGAAUCCUUAUUUCAAGGAUAAGGAGAAGACAGUGGAGCCGCAUCUGUUGCACAAAUUCGACGAGGAUUUUUACGGUGCGCAGCUUAAACUUGUCAUCAGUGGUUAUCUUCGUCCAGAGAUGGACUUCCCGUCGCUGGAGUCGCUAGUCAAAGCGAUUCAUGACGACAUCGCACAGUCAAAUGAAUGGCUAGACACACCCGUUGGUAAAACUUGGUCGCAAGAUGCGUUGUUACAGUAA